AUGGCCACGACCGAAGGCGGUUCGGUCAAACGACGAAAGGUCCGUAAGGGCACUCACAGCUGCUGGGAAUGCAAACGGAGGAAGGUGAGAUGUAUCUUCGCCCAGCCGGAUGACGAGCGAUGCAUCACAUGUAACCGACGGGACAAGAAAUGCAUCGGCCAAGACAGCUUCGACGAGUCGGACACAUCACCGGCGCAGAUAUCGCCACAGUCUUCGGCGGCGUCACAAGUGGUGGCGGGAACUCCAUUGCUCUAUGGACUCAGCCUCUGCCAAAGCAAGGGCGCUGGAUGGCCGCAAGAGACAACUGCGCCUAUGGUGACCACGACUUCGCUCCUGACACCGGCUGCAUCGCCGCUCUAUCGACAAGACGGGUCUAUGCCAGCAGAGCUGCAAGCUCAUACACGGGCUACUCGAGCGCUUAUCGCUGCGCUUCCAUCACGAAAUGACCUUAAGAUCUUGCUUCAGAUGAUUUCAGGCAUCAACCUACCAUUCUAUCAAAAGCACGAGAAUGCAACUUAUAGCAAUCGCAAGAUAUCUCAGUCGGUUACCGCAGCGAAUUUGUAUGCUCCUCAGAACGAUCCCGUACUGCUAGCACGUCAAAUGCUCCUGCUAGUCGUUGCCAUACAGCAUUGUGCAGUCAACGACGACCCUAACCUAAGCGAACGUCCCGUAUCGAUUGCUCGCAGAAUGGCCGAGGCCGUCAUCGACAGUGUCACAUCCGAUGAUCGAUUUAUCGAGUCACUGGAAGGACUCGAUAAUCUGGUGCUUGUGGCCUGCUUUCACACAAAUGACGGAGACAUCCGCCGAUCUUGGAUGACAAUGCGACGAGCUUUGACAGCAUCCCAACUGAUGAACCUGGGCGAUGCCUCGAAAGCAUGUUGCAAAUCCCUCAGCGAGCAGAACGGCCUGGAUCCCGAAAUAAUCUGGCCCUGUAUAGUCACGAUGGAGAGGGUCAUGUCCCUGAUCAUCGGGCUACCGACAUGUACGUCAAACAUCAAUGUCACCUCUCGCGUUGGGUUCGAUCAAGGCAGCCAGUUGCCCUCCCUGGCCCUGGAUAUGGCGAGAGAGAUCUUGCAGCGGAACGAAACUCGCAACUCACCCAAGGCUGGUCCUACGACGCAGGAGAUUGACCGUGAUCUGAUCAAGACCAGUCAGCAACUGCCACCAGAUUUUUGGCGCCCUCCAGAUUUCCUUGGCAUGAAGCCUGAUUCCGACAAAGCGCCGCCCGAGAUUCAGCGCGCGUGGGACCAUCUUUGCUAUCAACUCAUGGUAAAUCAGCUGCACUUGCCGGACAUGCUGCACUCGACAAAUCUAUCGGGCAGUCUAUAUGCCCGCAACGCGUGUAUCCAUGCGAGCCGCGAGACUCUCCAUCGCCAAGUCGCCUUCCGAAUAUUCAACCCGAUUCAUCCUUGCUGCCACAUGGGCGAUUUCAUGGCAAUGAUCGCAGGAAUUACUCUAAUGAUCGCACAUAUCAUCAGCCACUCCGUCCAAGAUGGCGGAGGUGCACUAUUGCAUCAACGCUACGCUGACAGAGCCAUCAUCGAACGCGCUCUCGAGUGUAAUCACUCAUUGCCUAGACUGAAGCCGGACGUGGUCGUGGCUAAGACUGCUGUUGCUUUGAGACGACUCCUUGUGCUCGAGAUGGCUGCAGCCCAGGAAGGCGCUAACGUCAGACACUUCACUGGAGCAGCGAUGGCGCAAGACGAUCAUGAUCUGCUGCUUAUCAGCAUCCCGAAAACUGGUCUGAUCACGAUCGCUCGAGAUCAGGUGACAGUCCGGAAUCACUGCUCUGCGAUGCUCAAUAGCCAGGAUGGAACUACUCUUGGGGGCAUCGGAUAUCUACAUGUCAAUGAGAGCACCGAUCAGGUUCCGGAAGCACAAUGCCAGCUCCCGACCACCACUGCAGAGGGCCUCAACGGACUAGUCCCUGGCACGGUACAGCACGAGCAGCCUCUCUUGGCCAACGGCUUGGGAGGCGGGAACAUCGACGACCUGGUGUUCUUCGGCUUCGACACUUCGUACGUCGAUGGCUUGAUGCGUGGAACUACUGACACGAACAUGCUUGGUAUCAUGGACCAGUCAUGGCCUGUACAGUAA